UGAUCCUCCGACGCCCAGCCCUGAACCUCACUUUGCCGCAGGGAGGCACUGAACAGAGAAACUGCCUUGUAACAGGUGCCGCCCCUCUCUCUACUCCCUCUCUUAUAUCAAGAGGGGAAGAACACGGAACUACCUCUACCCGAUCUGGUCCCCGUACGCCUACUACCUUUACUGUUACAAAUACCGGCUCACCCUCCGGGAGAAGAUGCUGCCUUGGUGUUAUAAAAGCAUCACCUAUAAGGAAGAGGAGGACUUGACUCUCCGGCCCCGUUGCUGCCUCCAGUGCUCCUGAGUCCCUCGCAGGUCUCCAGGGGGGCAGACGCACCGAGCAGGGAGAAGACCACGACCAGCUUAAAGAACUGUACUCAGCUGGGAACCUGACGGUGCUGACGACUGACCCCCUGCUCCACCAGGACCCAGUACAAUUAGACUUCCACUUCCGCCUCACCCCCCAGACCUCUGCCCACUGGCACGGCCUUCUUUGUGACCAUCGACUCUUCCUGGAUAUCCCAUAUCGGGCCUUGGAUCAAGGCAACAGAGAGAGUCUGACGGCAACCCUGGAGUACGUGGAGGAGAAGACCAAUGUGGACUCCGUGUUUGUGAACUUCCCCAACAAUCGUAACGACAGAGGAGCCCUGUUGCGGGCCUUCAGCUACAUGGGCUUUGAGUUGGUCAGACCAGACCACCCCGCCCUCCCUCGCUGGGACAAGGUCAUCUUUAUGGUGUAUCCCCUGGAGAGGGACCUUGGCCACCUGCCCGGCGGGCCUCCCUAACAUGCUUACUCCAGCGAUAUGAGGGGCUGGAGCCCUGCCAUGGGAACCAGGGGCCUGGGAUGUGAUUCUGGACAUCCCAUCCAUCCUAGGAAUAAAGACUAGUGCAAGCA